AUGGCCCAGCCGACAGAGGCGAUCUUAUAUCUAGAAAAAUGCCUCAUCCGGCCCUACUGUGAAAGCGAUGCCGAAGAUACCUCCCGAGAAGCCGACAACCCCCGGAUAGCACAAUGGAUGACCAAUCGGUUUCCCCAUCCAUACGGUGUCGACGAUGCCAAGAAGUGGAUAGCGAAGGCAAUCUCGCAACCCGAACUGAAUGCCUUCGCCAUUUGCCGAAAAGAUAACAACCGAGUGAUUGGCGGAGUCGGGUUGGAAGCCGAAGGAGAUGUGCAAUAUCGGACGAUGACUAUGGGGUAUUGGCUGGGUGAAAACCACUGGCAUCGUGGCAUUGCCACUGAAGUUGUGACGGCCCUCUCCCAAUGGGCAUUCGAAAGAUUUCCCCAUGUGAUUAGGUUACAGGCGAUUGUGUUCGAGGGUAACGAGGCAAGUGCCAGAGUCCUGCAGAAGGCGGGCUAUCAGUUUGAAAGCAGGAGCAGGAGCGCGGUGGAGAAGAACGGUGUGGUGAUGGACUUGAUAACGUAUUGCAUGUUGCGGCGUUGA